GAGGAAGGAAAGUUACGCAAUUUACAUCUACAAAGUACUGAAGCAGGUACAUCCCGAUACGGGUAUAUCCAGCAAAGCGAUGAGCAUCAUGAACAGCUUCGUCAACGAUAUUUUCGAACGUAUCGCUGCGGAAGCUUCCAGAUUGGCACAUUACAACAAACGUGCCACGAUAACUAGCAGAGAAAUUCAGACAGCCGUACGACUAUUGCUACCGGGAGAAUUGGCCAAGCACGCAGUCAGCGAAGGUACCAAAGCCGUCACCAAGUACACCAGUUCAAAAUAA